CACCGAGAAUCCCCGAGUUAAUAGUAGUGAAGUAUAAUUAAAAUAAAUAACAAUAUCUAAGAAUAUAAAUUUCAAAGUUUAUUACAAUCAAAUUUUUUUAAAUUACCUGAUUAUAUUUAUUAUUAUUAUUAUUAUUGUUAUUAUUAUUAUUUAUUAUUUAUUUUUAAUCGUUUAAAAUAAUUAAAUAUAUUUUGUCUUCGAAGAAUUGACUAAAAAUUAAAAUUCAGAUAAGUGACAAGGAUUUAAAACAGUAAUGAAAUAAAAUAAUUUAGCGAAAUAUUGUUUUUUUUUAAUUUUUUGGAUACAAAAACAAUUGUUUGUAAAAUGUUUCUCAACGAGACACUCGUAUUGCUGACGUAUACAGCAAAUAUGAUGGCGACUUUACCAAAUGAAACAAAUACACAAAAUAUUAGUAAAAUAAAUGUCAUUGGUAAUGACAACAGUGAUUUGAAAAAUAAUUAUUCUACUACAACUUUAUCGCCUGAGGAAGAAGAAAAUAAAUUCAAUUUGGAAGAUGAUUGGUAUAUGUGGCGAUGUUAUCAACCGUACGGUUGUUUUUAUAUCGGAGCACCCUGGUCAGGUGAAAACCGACCAGUAUCAACAUUUCCAGGUCGUCCAGAAAGCGUCGAUCCCCACUAUAUGCUCUACACUCGUGAGCAAUCUAAUGAUCCCUAUGAACUAAUGAUAGAUCGUUUAGACAUUAUUCGUCAAUCGCCACUAAAAAAUCACACAACUCUUUAUUUUAUCGUCCAUGGAUAUCUCGAUAAUGGGGAUAAGACAUGGAUUUUAAGAACAAAACGUGAAUUACUAAUACGUGAAGACUGCAAUGUAGUUGUGGUUAAUUGGAUUGUGGGAGCAGGUCCUCCAUAUCCACAGGCAGUUGCGAAUACAAGACUUGUUGGUGCAAUGACAGCUAGGUUGGCAAUGCAAUUGAUACAAGAAGCCGGUGUAUCUGAACAUCGCAUUCAUGCAAUUGGUCACAGUCUUGGAGCACAUACAUGUGGUUACAUCGGUUAUUAUUUACGUACACAGUACGGUUACAAACUUGGACGAAUUACCGGCUUAGAUCCAGCAGAGCCUCACUUCAGUAAUACCUCGCCAAUGGUGCGAUUAGAUCCAACAGAUGCUGAAUUCGUGACAGCUAUUCACACAGACUCGAGUCCAUUUGUCACUGGAGGACUGGGAAUUACUCAGCCAGUUGGUCACAUUGAUUUUUAUCCCAACGGUGGACGUAAUCAACCGGGAUGCAAUAAUGGCGUGCUUAAUUCAAUAACACUUGAACGCGGAAGUUUUUUUCGUGGAAUUAAAAGAUUUCUUGGUUGCAAUCAUAUUCGUAGCUACGACUAUUUUAUAGAGAGUAUUAACACAAAGUGUCCGUUUAUCGCGGUUCCUUGUUCAUCAUGGAAAAACUUUCAAGAGGGAAAGUGUUUUGAUUGUAUCAAUCAGUACUGUCCUAGAUUUGGAUUUGAUGCGCAGCCUGGAAAUUAUCAUGCAUCUGUAUAUUUGAUGACUGCUGCUGAAAAACCUUUUUGCAGAGGACAUUACAGGGUUACAAUAAAUAUAUCCAAGACUGCGGAGAGUGUAGAUCAUGGCGGUGAAGUUGGUACAUUUGUUAUAAGAGUAAUUGGAGCGGCUAAUAAUGACAGUAAUAAUAAUUAUGACCACGAUAAUGAUCACGCCAGUGAUUUAAAAAUAUCUGAAAGAAUUGAACUUAGCGAGGCGUCAACGUAUUACGAGCCCGGAAGUAGUCACACUGUUGUACUACCUGGUGAAAUUGUUGGAACUCCACAAGCAGUUGAAAUAACGUGGGAAUAUCGAACUUCUGUUUUCAAUCCCUUAACUUGGCGUUUACUCCAUAAGCCAAAAGCUUACAUUGACUCUCUACAAAUUGAUAGUUUAGAGGCCGGGAAAGGAAUAACUGUUUGUCCUGAUGAAAGUAAAACAAUAACAGCCAAUGAACCCAAAAUAUUAACAGUUGAAAAUUGUCAUUAUCAUGACACAUCUGAAUCAAAUGCGAUAACACAUCAAACCGUAAAUUGAUUGAUUGAUUAAUCAAUAAUAAAAAUAUAUUUUUAAAUAAUUACAUAAUUAAUAUAUAUUACACUGUAGAAAAUUUGCGGAGUAAAUUAUGAGUGAAUGCGGAGUCGAUGACUGUUCUUUUAUUUAAUCACCUCGGGGUAAAAUUCAUUCCGAAGGAGAGUUAAUUUUAAUAUUAAAGCUCCGAAUCGGAGUGAAAUGUGGAUUUAAAUAAAAUCCAGAUCACUCUGAAAUCACUUCGCCGAAAAAAACUCCACUUACUCCAGAACUCCGAAAGACGGAAUGAAUUCGGAUGUAAAUAAAAUCCGUAAUUACUUCGCAUUCACUCCCGAUUUUUUGCACUGGUAUAAUUACUUUUAAUGAAAUAAAUUAUCAGAAUGUAUGAGUGCGUGCGUAUAAAAUGUAUAUAAUAUUAUUACUAUUAAAUAUAUAUGAUUAUAACAUAA